AUGACUGUCAACGAAACAGUCGUCGCCGUCGCCGGCUCCAACAAUGGGCAGGCACAGCUCGCCACGGACCUCUCGAUGCUUGAGAUAGCGAACGGAACCAAGCAGACAGGCGAGCAGCCUGCCCAUCGCUCCCAUGAUCCCCAGUACAACCAGAAGCGAAGCGACCCCUUCCAGUUUGGCUCGCGUCUUCUGGGCGAGGAGGACGACCCCUUCGAGUUCAAUGCUUGGGAUCAUGUCGAGGUUGACGAUGAAUUCAAAGAGUAUGCUGAACAGCAAUACGAGAUGCAACGUCAAGCCCCCGUCUCCGAAUUUGACAAAUAUCGAUUCAAUUCCGAUCCUGCAAAGUGGUGGAACAAGUUCUACAAGAACAACACAUCCAACUUCUUCAAGGACCGGAAAUGGCUCCAGCAAGAGUUUCCCGUCCUUGAUCGACUGACGCAAGAGGACGCUGGACCCGUCACCAUCCUUGAGAUAGGCGCUGGCGCCGGCAACACGGCCUUUCCUGUUCUGUCGAGAAACAAGAACCCCAAGCUCAAGCUCCAUGCUUGUGACUUUUCCAAGACGGCAGUCGAUGUCAUGCGCAACCACGAGGCGUACAACACGGAUCUGAUGCAAGCCGACGUGUGGGAUGUUGCUGGGGAGGAACUCCCCCCUGGGCUGGGAGAGGGGUCCGUGGACCUUGUCAUGAUGGUGUUCGUCUUCUCUGCCCUCUCUCCGCUGCAGUGGAAGAAGGCGGUAGAGAAUGUUUAUCGGGUGCUCAAGCCAGGUGGUGAGGUCUGCUUCCGCGACUAUGGAAGAGGUGACCUCGCUCAGGUCCGCUUUAAAAAGGGACGGUACCUGGAAGAGAACUUUUACAUUCGAGGCGAUGGCACCCGCGUCUACUUCUUUGAGAAGGACGAGCUCGCUGAUAUUUGGUCAGGCAAGCUGAACAUCGAGGCCACUGAUGGCAAUGCCGACGCCGACUCUGAGGGCGUGAAGCACAAGUUUGAGAUUGAGGAGCUUGGUGUAGACCGUAGAAUGCUUGUUAACCGUGCCAAAAAGCUCAAGAUGUACCGAUGCUGGAUGCAGGGCCGGUUUAGAAAGGUAUGAAAAAUAUCAAGAUGAUUUGAGAGCAAUCUAUUUCCGCAAUGUCUCGA